GUUGAUGUCGAUGACUCGAGUCAUCCAAUUGCUCCAUUACAAAAUCUGCGAACAGUAAUUUCCCUUGGUGUGUGUGUACAACUCUUCCCAUCUCUAUGCAAUAAAGAGAUCGAACGUAAACAAGAAAAAGGAAAAAAUGGCAACCCUAGCCCGCGCAUCCAGAAGAAUAUUUCCCCGACCCCUCUGCACCACCCUUCAUGGACGAGCCUUUUCAGCGCAGGCCGUCCAAUCGGCCCCAAAUCCGACCAAACCAGAUCCGAUCAUAAGGGAAUCGCCGGAUCGAGUGAAAUGGGACUACAGGGGACAGAGGAAAACCAUACCCUUGGGACAAUGGUCCCCCAAGAUCGCCGUCGAUGCUUAUGUGGCGGCUAAUGUCGUACUGGCCGGUCAAGUGGUGGUCUACGACGGCGCGUCCGUGUGGAGCGGUGCUGUUUUGCGCGGUGACCUUAACAAGAUCUCUGUUGGGUUUUGUUCCAAUGUGCAGGAACGGUGUGUUAUUCACGCCGCUUGGUCUUCACCCACAGCUCGUCGAGCACUCGAGCUUACAAACUACAUGCUCGAGCUCAACCCAAAUGCAAAUUCGAGGUGCUCGAGCUUGGUCAGACUCAAGCUAACUUGGAGAGUUGACUCGAGUGCUAGCGAGCAGCUUGAUUCAUUUGCAACCCUAGUUUUAGGGUGUCUGCCAGCUGACACAUCAAUCGAUAGGUUUGUCACAAUCGGCGCAUGCAGUCUGCUGCGAUCCUGCACAGUCGAGCCAGAAUGUAUUAUCGGGCAGAAUUCCAUACUUAUGGAGGGCUCUUUGGUAGAAACACAUUCUAUCCUUGAAGCAGGCUCUGUUGUUCCUCCAGGCCGUAGAAUUCCAAGCGGUGAACUUUGGGCCGGUAAUCCAGCAAAAUUUGUCAGGACUUUGACUCAUGAGGAGACACUCGAGAUCCCUAAACUUGCCGUUGCUAUAAAUGAUCUCAGCAAAAGCCACUUCUCGGAGUUUUUGCCUUAUUCAACUGUAUACUUGGAGGUCGAGAAGUUGAAAUCGUCCCUGGGAAUUUCUAUCUGAGGUUUGUUUUUGUUCUGUACUUUUUCCCGAUACUGCUGUUGUUUUCGGAAAGAAAUAAGUGAUCGUAUGGAGUUUGGAUUGCUUCGAAAUAUUGGACUCAGUCUGCAACAUUUGCUAUGUUUGUUUUUGUGAUUGUUAGCUUUAGAUUGGUGGUCCUUUGAUGUUUUGUAACUUUUGUUGCAUACAAUACAGUGAGAAGCUGGUCAAUGCAAGCAUUUGAAUAUGCACCUCAUAUGGCUUCAUUAGUGGUUCAAUUGGUUUGGUAUGCAGUGCUGCUGCUUGUUAUGUUUGUAGUAAUAAAUGUCUUGAAAAACAAGGUCCUUACUCUUUACAUUGUAGACUUCAUUUGCAAAUGAGAGGUAUUUGAUGCCAAGGAUUUCCAAAUUGCUGGUAAUAAGUUCAUUAUGCCUUUAUUUCGACCUUUUCUUUUAAGUUUAACUUCGUGAUUUAUUUAAUAAUUUUUUUUUUUUUUUU